AGAUUCAUUUCGCAGAACGUUGCCGCUUUCUCAAAUGUGCCUUCAGGCUUUCCAUACUUGAGCUGCAAGUCACUUGACGCCGUUGAGGAAACCCCUCCCACGCUGUCUUGACACUUGCUCUGCUGGAAAACUGCUGAUUUUCUAUUACAGUGCAUGUGUUUUCAAAUCUCAUCAUGGAAGAGGCGUCUCCUCCUCUGCGAUGCUUUCGUGAUUCACACUCCUCUGAGCUUUUUAACGAUGACGGCGUUCAAACGGUGACCUCGAGGGAACAGAGAAAAGUUGAACGCAGUAUUCAAGAGGUGUACAGUGUUUACCAGCAAAUUCACACCUCACCACAGCCCGCUUUACUGAGGGAACAACACUAUCAUUAUCUGAAGAAAGGUUUACGCCAUCUCUCUGAUGCAUAUGAGUGUUUGGAUGCCAGCCGGCCUUGGCUCUGCUACUGGAUCCUGCACAGUCUGGAGCUGCUAGAGGAGCCUGUGCCUGCAGCAGUUGCCUCAGACGUGUGUCAGUUCCUGGCCAAAUGUCAGAACAGGACAGGUGGGUUCGGUGGAGGUCCGGGUCAACACGCUCAUCUGGCACCCACCUACGCAGCUGUAAACGCCCUUUGCAUCCUGGGCACAGACGAGGCCUACAAAGUCAUCAACAGAGAGAAGCUCCUAGACUUCCUGUACUCUGUGAAGCAGCCAGAUGGCUCCUUUGUGAUGCAUGUGGGCGGGGAGGUGGAUGUCAGGAGUGCAUAUUGUGCCGCUUCUGUCGCUUCACUCACCAAUAUAAUCACACCCAACCUGUUUGAUGGGACGCACAAUUGGAUUCUCAGCUGCCAGAACUGGGAGGGCGGUUUAGGUGGAGUACCAGGACUUGAGGCACAUGGCGGCUACACCUUCUGCGGUACUGCUGCCAUGGUCAUACUGGGCAAAGAACAUAUGCUGGAUCUCAAAGCCUUGUUACGCUGGGUAACCAGCAAACAAAUGCGUUUUGAAGGUGGAUUUCAGGGCCGCUGUAACAAGCUGGUGGAUGGGUGUUACUCCUUCUGGCAAGCAGGACUAUUACCGUUACUCCACAGGGCUCUUUUUAAAGAAGGAGACUCAACGCUGAGUGUGAGUAGCUGGAUGUUUGAGAGAAAGGCCCUGCAGGAAUACAUCCUCCUCUGCUGCCAGAAUCCUGGUGGAGGCCUUCUGGACAAACCGGGCAAGUCUAGAGAUUUCUACCACACGUGCUACUGUUUGAGUGGACUCUCAAUAGCACAGCACUUCGGAAACAAAGACCUUCAUAAUGAGCUCAUCCUCGGUCGGGACGAGAACAGACUGGCACCAACUCAUCCAGUUUACAACAUCUGCCCGGAGAAGGUCGCCCAAGCGAUUGAAUAUUUCCACCAGCUAUCUGUUCCGGUUCAGACGGGACCUACACCAAGUGCGAUGGACCAGUCAUAGACUUUUCCUUCUUUUUCUAUUGUAAACAUAUUUGGGGGUUUGAGCUAGUUUGACCUAACGCAGAGUAAAAAUGCUGUAGCCAAACGUCCUGGUCUGUGCAGCAUCUACAGAUGGGGAAACACUCUGAAGGUCUGAUCUACUACGGCUUCAGCAUGGGGUUAUGGGUUUUAGCCAGGGACAACAGUAGAGGCUGACUAGACGAGGUGUUUUUCAUGCACCAGUCGUUGAUUGAUAUUUUAUUGCACAUACCAGCUUAUUUUGGGCUUUGGAAAUGUUUCCCAGAGUGCACGUGGCAGUAAGUUCUGGAGAGGAAUAAAGACUUGGAUGGAAGUUUGUUUUUAUCCUGGUUGGUGUAUUAUGGAUGAUCUAUACUCACUGUGGGCAGUCCAUCAUUUGACUUUAAUCUCUGUCAUCUCUAAUUUGGAGUGCUGUUUGGCCAUUAUGACUGAAACGAAUAUGGGAACUGCCAAAUAUUUAAAUAUAGUUUGGGUACAACAAACUCAGUACAGUGUUUACAUUUUGUAAUCUUUGGCUGCAGUUGAAAAAUAUCAUCUGUGCUGUUCAAUGAGCUUUUAAACUGUAUUUAACAAUUCAAUCAUCAUGCUUUUAAUCUUAAUAUGCUGGUAUUAAGUAUCAAAACAGAAUGGCAUUUCAUCAUAGUACAUUAAAGAAACAGUUCAUCCAAAAAUGAAAGUUUUGUCAUUAUUUACUCACUCUCAUGUCUUUCCAAACCUGUAUGAGUUUACUUCUUUGUGAAACAAAAGGAGAAGUUUAGAAGAAUCUUGACACUGCAUUUUUUUCUCAUAAAUGAAAGUAAAUGGAGACUAAGGCUGUCGCAUGACAAAAAAGAAGUAUCGAAGUAAUCCAUAAGAUUUGUCCUCAUGCAAGUUGAUUCAAACAGGGUCAGGGCAUCUGAUGUGUGUGUAUGAAUAUGCAUAAGUAUGAAUGAAAUUUGAGAACUACAAUGGAGGGAAACUAGUUCAGUUAAUUUUUACUUGUUAUUCACACAAAGCUUCAAACAUAUGGUUUAGAAGACGUGGAUCAAAGCAUGCAUGUAAUAUAGAUUUUUUGCAUUUAGCAUCUAAGCUUAGCAUUUUUAAAAAGCUAUUGAAGUCAUACAGGUUGGUACAACGUGACUGUGAGUAAAUGAUCAAGUAAAAACAACUCCAGUUCUGACUAAUGACUGAAAGACCAGUUUCAUAAAAUAUUAGUACAGUACAAAACUGCAACCAGUUUUUUUUUUUUUUUUUCAGGGAGCCAGGAAAAAUGAGUCUUUGUGAUGACUUAAAUUGACUUAAAGACAGACAAAAGCAUUAAAAUAACAUUUUUUAUCAUUAUUAUUCAUCCCCUCAAAAACUACUUUUUUAUUUGAAGAGCCAGGGUUCCCACCGUCUGGAUAUAUAAUUUUAAAAUUAUCAUUUUUAGACCUUGGGAUUAAGUGUUAUUAAAUGUCUAUAAUUAUUGGACAUUUAGUACUAAAUGACCUCCUUAAAAUAUUAAAUGAGUAU